AUUCCUCUUGUGUUGUUUUCUGGGUAGGGACAGAGAGAUUUCUGAGAAGGCCUCCAAUGGUGAUGGAGAAGAAGAUGGUGGCCAUGGUGAUGUUCAUGGUGGUUUCUUUGUUUCUUGGUUGUUGUGAUGUUGCUGGCACUGUUUACAAGGUUGGAGAUGAAGAUGGAUGGACUGUGAAACCCAACUAUACUUACUGGACCAGCACCAAGAACUUCGAAGUGGGAGACACCAUUUUGUUUCAGUACGACGCGAAACUACACAAUGUGAUAGAAGUGAAGAACCUGGCAGAUUACAGAAACUGUAACAAAUUUUCUGCUAUUGCAACCUACAGUUCAGGCAAUGACUCCAUCCUCAUCAUAACCCCGGGCCACCGAUUCUUCUUGUGUGGGUUUCCCGGCCACUGCACGGCAGGCCAGAAGGUCGAUAUCCGUGUUCUCAAUCUCGCCAACACUUCCGCUUCAUCCCCGACUGCAAUGCCACCCACUUCAUCACCAAAUCCUGCCGGCAUUGCCAUACAAGACUCCCCUGCACCAGCUCCUCAAACAAGCAGUGGUAGCAGUAUCAACUUUAAAGUGCUUGGCAUUGGCAUUACCAACGUCUUAUUAGCCUUUGGUUUAGUUAUGGUUUAGGUACUAAUGAAUGCAUUGGCUUUGGAUUAUGAAAAUUUGGGUGUUGAUUUGGUGGUUCUUCUUCCUUUUGGAUGGAUGGUUUAGAGCUUCAAACUUAUACAAUGCAUGAACCUUUGUGGUAAAAAAAUUUCUGUGAGAUUUGUGGUUUGA